GAGAGAGAGAGAGAGAGAGAGAGAGAGGCAAAACCCAUGAUUUCUUUGUGAGAGAGGCAAAACCCAAGAUUUCUUUCUGACUGAGAACAGAGUUUUUGGAUUUUCACUUUCAGAUCCUAAAAGAGCGGUAGAAAUUUAUGAUCAUUACACACAGAGAUCAAGCGUAAUUGUACCCGGUUGCACCUUGAAAGGAGAAAUUUUGGGUGUGUUUGUUGUGAUUUGGAGGACUUGUGUUGGGGUUUUGGAUACUAAGAAGUGGUAAAGAUGAUGUCAAGAUCGUAUACAAAUUUAUUAGAUCUUGCAUCCGGGAAUUUCCCGGUAAUGGGGCGUGAAAAGAAGCGCCUUCCUCGGGUAAUGACUGUCCCCGGGGUUAUAUCUGAGCUUGAUGAUGAUCAAGCUAAUAGUGUUUCGUCAGAUGUCCCGUCGUCUCUUGUUGAUGACCGGCUAAUUAUUGUGGCUAAUCAGUUGCCUGUAAAAGCUAAGCGUAGACCAGAUAAUAAAGGGUGGAGUUUUAGUUGGGAUGAGGAUUCUUUGUUAUUGCACAUAAAGGAUGGGUUGCCGGAGGAUAUGGAGGUUAUUUACAUAGGUUUGUUGAGGGUUGAGGUUGAUUCUAGUGAACAAGAUGACGUGUCACAGAUUUUGUUGGAUAGAUUUAAGUGCGUUCCAGCUUUUCUGCCUCCUGACAUUUUGGCGAAAUAUUAUCAUGGUUUUUGUAAGCAGCAUUUAUGGCCGCUUUUCCAUUACAUGCUACCGUUUUCUGCCAGUCAUGGUGGGCAGUUUGAUCGGUCAUUGUGGGAGGCCUAUGUUGCUGCGAAUAAGAUUUUUUCGCAAAAGGUAAUUGAGGUAAUUAAUCCGGAUGACGACUAUGUUUGGAUUCAUGACUAUCAUUUAAUGGUUUUGCCUACCUUUUUGAGAAGGCGUUUCAUAAAGUUACGGAUGGGAUUCUUUCUCCACAGUCCAUUUCCCUCGUCGGAGAUAUACAGGACUCUGCCUGUCAGAGAAGAGAUUCUCAAAGCACUACUGAAUUCCGACCUUAUUGGUUUCCAUACCUUUGACUAUGCUCGGCAUUUCCUUUCUUGUUGUAGUCGGAUGUUGGGUUUGGAGUAUCAGUCGAAGAGGGGUUACAUUGGGUUGGAUUACUAUGGAAGGACUGUUGGGAUAAAGAUUAUGCCAGCUGGAAUCCACAUGGGGCAUAUUGAAUCGGUGUUGAGACCUGCAGAUAAUGAAUGGAGGGUGGGAGAGCUCAAACAGCAGUUUGAGGGAAAGACUCUGUUGCUUGGGGUUGAUGAUAUGGAUAUCUUCAAAGGAGUCAAUUUGAAACUUUUGGCUAUGGAGCAGAUGCUUGAGCAGCAUCCGAAGUGGCAAGGAAGAGCGGUAUUGAUACAGAUUGUGAAUCCUGCUCGUGGGCGAGGGAAGGAUGUUGAGGAAAUAAAGGCUGAAAUACAGGAAAGCUGCAAAAGAAUAAAUGAGAAUUUUGGACAGCCUGGUUAUGUACCAAUUGUAUUCGUUGAUAGGCCAGUUUCUCUCAGUGAACGAGCUGCAUACUACACUAUUGCUGAGUGUGUUAUUGUGACUGCUGUAAGAGAUGGAAUGAAUCUUACUCCCUAUGAGUACGUUAUUUGCAGGGAGGGAAUAUCCGGAUCUGAUUCUAGUUCAGAAUCAAUUGGUCCCAAGAAGAGCAUGUUAGUGGUAUCGGAGUUCAUUGGAUGUUCUCCUUCACUUAGUGGUGCUAUACGGGUCAACCCAUGGAAUGUUGAAGCAACUGCUGAAGCAAUGAACGAGGCAAUCUCAUUAGCUGAUGCUGAAAAGCAGUUGCGUCAUGAGAAGCAUUAUAGAUAUGUUAGCACGCAUGAUGUGGCAUACUGGUCAAGAAGCUUCUUCCAAGAUCUGGAGAGAGCUUGCAAAGACCAUUUCAGGCGACGGUGUUGGGGAAUUGGUUUGGGCUUUGGUUUUAGAGUAGUAGCACUUGAUCUUAACUUUAGAAAGUUGUCGAUUGAAGCAAUUGUAUCAGCUUAUUCGAGAGCCAAAAAUAGGGCCAUACUGUUCGAUUAUGAUGGCACUGUGAUGCCCAAAACAUCCAUCAACAAGACUCCCAGUCAGGAGGUUAUCUCACUUAUAAAUACACUGUGCGGUGAUGUCAAAAAUACUGUUUUUGUCGUCAGUGGACGUGGUAGAGAUAGCUUAGGAAAGUGGUUUUCUCCAUGCAAAAAACUUGGUAUUGCAGCCGAACAUGGAUACUUCUUGAGGUGGUCUGGGGAUAAGAAAUGGGAAAUUUGCGGACAGAAUGCCGAUUUUGGGUGGAUGGAAAUGGCGGAGCCUGUGAUGAAAUUAUAUACAGAAGCAACUGAUGGUUCUUCCAUAGAAAAAAAGGAGAGUGCAAUGGUUUGGCACCAUCAUGAUGCCGACCCAGGGUUUGGAUCCAGCCAGGCAAAGGAGAUGUUAGACCAUCUUGAAAGUGUGCUGGCAAACGAACCUGUUGCAGUGAAGAGUGGUCAGUUCAUUGUGGAAGUAAAACCACAGGGAGUCAGUAAAGGUCUAGUUGCUGAGAAGAUUUUCACAUCAAUGGCCGAGAGUGGAAAACAAGCUGAUUUUGUACUAUGUAUUGGCGAUGAUAGAUCUGAUGAGGACAUGUUUGAGAUAAUUGGCAGUGCAGUGAACAGUGGCGUUCUUUCCUCUAAUAGUUCAGUGUUUGCUUGCACUGUGGGACAGAAACCAAGUAAAGCUAAAUACUAUUUGGAUGACACAAAUGAGGUCAGAACCAUGCUCGAAGGUCUUGCAGAAGCCUCGGACCCUGUACCCUCAACAGAAGUUGAAGCAGGAGGGUCUGCUUAAAGUGGUUACCUUAUUGGCAUUCUUAUCUGGGAAAACUUCAGUACGCCAUAAAGAAAAUGAUGGAAGAGACAUUGUAUAGCCUUCUUUUGAUUGCCGGUCCAGAAUAUUAGCUGCUUGUACUUAAAUCUGAGUAAACGGUGGUCACUUGGUUGAGAGCAAGAUUUAAGUGGUAUAUAAUUUGAAUUCAUCGGCUCAGACAAUUGAAAGAAAGCAGGAGUUACUGGAUCCAGUCAUGGAAGAUUGACCCGGAACUGAAAGAAAUGUCCAAGAGGUUGUAUUCAUUAAUGACUUUUUAUAUUGCCGGUACGUGAAGGUCACCAGGCUUGCCUGAUGCAGUUUACAUAGAUUCCCAGAGCUUGUUUGCUGGCAUACAUUUCACUAACACAAUUGGACAUAGCUAGACUCUAUACAAGUUAUUUUUUACUUUUUUAGAUUCUUUUUUCUUUUUGGUUUUAACAUUUAAUAACUGAGCUGAAUUUGUUGGAUCAUCAAAUCUGUACAUCCUAUACAAAUUAAUCCUUAAGUUCAUUAUCUGUUUGCUACCUAGGAAAAUUGGGUUCUUAAUUGCAUGUCAUUGUUUGAAGACCAAC